CCCCCGGCUGAACGAACCGCCACGCCAAGCAGGGGCUUAUGCAAGAUCUGCGCCCCAAGCUACACCAGGCACAAUGAAGCAAUCAUUAGCAUGUGUUUUGCCUUUCUCCUUCCAUACGCGCUGAUUGUUCUUUCUCUACAUUUGUGCUUUUGCGCUGCGGUAUUGCUGGCUUGAAGUGCCGCUCUGUGUCCCAGUUCCAUCCAAUUGCGUUUUCCUUUUCGUGCUAUACAAGGCGACGGCAUGUUUGCAACGGCCAUACCUUCGGUCCACGAUGAUUUCCCUCGCGAGAAGAACGUCGUUCGGCUCAACAUUGACUACGGCAGCGGCCAGUUAAAGGCAGCACUACAGUACAUUUGUAAAGGCGAACGCGCCUGCCAAUCCAAGAUCAUAUCGGUGCCUUGGGACGAAGGUUGUUCCGUACUUGAGCAGAAGAUUGUUCCUUUCGGUGAUGGCUCAAUCAUUCGUGGAGAUGACGUUGACCUCUUCGUUGAUAAGGAGCCAGAGCGUUCCGGGGAGGUGAUCGAGCUUUGGAAGCUGUGCUUGUGUCCCGAGUAUCAGGACAUGGAUGCGGCCAGGCGAGUAUGGAGCGCUCUGGGUGCUAAGCAUGGCGACAUGGGCGCCAUUCGUGAUUCUUAUCGAGCGCAAUCUGAACUGGAUCAAGGGCAGAACUUGGCACUGGCUCAAAACGUGGAGCCUUUGGGCGGAGGAGCCGGGAAUGUCGAGCGAAGACUGGGAUACUACAGACGCUGAGCUCGUGGUCACGGUCCCUUGCAUGUGGAACCACUGCGCUCUGGAACGUCGAUGUUGCCGUUCGUACUCCCGUGGCCACUUGCUGAACCCGCCGUUUUGCAGGGUGUCAUGGCUUGUGCAUGCACAGGCG